AUGCCGAAAAGCUAAGGUGCCGCGGCAACUACAAUCAGGGUACCUUUUUAAUCUACAUUGCAAACAUGAAAAUUGAACAAGAAACCAUUGAUGAGACGACUGUGGCGCUUGAUCGAUAUAAUUCGGACUUGAAUCUUGUGAUUGAUGCUAAACCCUACAGCGCACAUCCCUUGACGUUUGAAGGCUUUGCCUUCAUGUGGGCUGGUGUCCGAGCAACCCAUGGAGUCACAAAAGGAAAAGUUUGUUUUGAAGUUAAGGUCGUGAAGCAUGAUGAUGUAUCCCACCUGCCAGCAGAUGAGCCCAAUCCUCAUGUGGUUCGUGUGGGAUUCUCCACUGACAGUACUUCCUUGCAGUUGGGUGAAGAGCCAUUGUCUUGGGGCUAUGGUGGAACGGGUAAGAUAUCGACAAACUGUAAAUUUUUAGACUAUGGACAACCUUUCAUGGAGGGUGAUGCCAUUUUGGCUUGUGUUAAUAUGGACUCUGAUCGCAUCCAGAUGGGCUUUGCUAAAAAUGGGAAGUUCCUGGGCUGGGCCUACACUUUCAACAAGAGUGAACUGAAAGGAAAGGGCUUAUUCCCUCACAUAUUGACAAAGAAUUGUUCAUUUGAAGUCAACUUUGGACAAAUGGAAAAACCAUAUUUCCCUCUUCCAGACCUAGUGAAAGAUUUUGUAUUCAUUAACUGCCUGCCUCCAGACCAAUGGGAACGAGGCACACGGGCGCCAGCUCGGAGAGAGGAUUGUGAGAUGAUCAUGAUGUGUGGUCUUCCUGGUGCUGGAAAAUCUGUCUGGGCUGCUGAUUAUUCUGCCAAGAAUCCUGAAAAGAAGUAUAAUGUGCUAGGAACUAAUAACAUUAUAGACAAAAUGAAGGUGAUGGGUCUCCCCCGUAAAAGAAACUACCAUGGCAGGUGGGAUGUUCUCAUACAGAUGGCCACCAAGUGUCUAAAUAAGAUGUUUGAGAUUGGAUCCAAACUCAGACGGAACUACAUCCUAGAUCAAACAAAUGUGUAUCCGACUGCACAGCGUAGGAAAAUGCGCAAUUUUGAGUGUUUCAAACGUAUUGCCGUUGUAGUGGUGCCCUCAGAGCAAGAAUACAAGAGGCGCUGUGAUAAGAGGGACAGAGAAGAGGGCAAGGAAAUCCCGGACAGUGCAGUCCUAGAAAUGAAAGCCAAUUUCAAGCUACCCGAAAAGUGUGACAUAUUUGAUGAUGUUAUCUACACUGAGUUGGGCCCAGAAGAAUCUGAGAAACUAGUUAAAAAAUAUAACGAAGAAGGACGUGCAGCCGUUGGGCCACCCCGCAAACAGUUCAAGUCUAACGAUCAAGGAGGAAGCCGAUUUGAUUCUGUGAAAAGUCCGCCUUUCUCCAAUAGGGGUGGUGGCAGCAGCCCUGGUGGCAGAGGUGGAUUUAACAAUCGUGGUGGAUUUGAUGGUAAUCGUGGUGGAUUUGAUGGUAAUCGUGGUGGAUUUGAUGGCAAUCGUGGUGGAUUUGAUGGUGAUCGUGGUGGCCGAGAUUUUAAUCGUGGUGGAAGAGGGGGCUUCCCGGGUCGUGGUGGCUUUGAAGGAGGACGAGGUGGCGGUAGGGACACAAAUCAAGGACGUGGUUUCUCUUCACGAGGAGGAUUUGGUGGUGGCCGAGGUGGCUUUGAGAUGAAUCGUGGCGGUGGCAGAGGAGGUAGGGGUGGCAUGGGAGGUGGGGGAUAUUUUGAUGGUGGCCACGGUGGCUUUGAAAACGAGAGUUAUGGUGGAGGACGUGGUGGCUUUGGAGGAGGUGGAGGAGGAUAUGAUGCUGGUUCUGGUGGAUUUGAAGGCUCACGUGGAGGGUAUAAUGGUGGUCGCCGAGGUGGUGGAUAUGGAAAUCAGAGUGAUAAUUUUGAUGGAGGUUAUGGUGGCGGACGAGGAGGAUUUGAUGGUGGACAAGAUGGAGGAUAUGAUGGCGGUUCCGGGUAUGGAGGUAGAGGCAGAGGUCGUGGAGGUUACGAUAGAAAUAGGGGUGGGUUCGAUGGUGGUCGUGGUGGUAUGGAUAGGAAGCGAGGAUUUGACGGUGAACCACGACGCUUCGACCAAGGACAGGAUAACAGAAGUUUUGGUCAGAACUCUGGCUAUGGUGGUAUGCAAGACAGUUAUGAUUCAGAAUAUGGAUCGGGUUACAAUGAAGGAUCCAGUGGAGGAGGUUAUGGUGGUCGAGGAGGCUCUAGAGGAGGAGGAGGUUUCUCCAGAGGAGAUUCAAAUCGUGGUGGUCGAGGAGCUUCCCAAUCCAAUUUUGGAAGCAGGGAUUACAGUUAUGGUCAAGACUCUGCUGCAACCGGCGGCCAAUACUCCGACAGUGGUUACGGAAACGAAUCUGGCAGUAGGAACCAACGUGGUGGUCGAGGUGGUGCAUCUCGUGGUGCAGGAGGUGCCAGAGGCGGGAACUUCAGCAACAGAGGCAAUGGCCUUUCCUCCAGAGGGAGCUAUGGCAACAUGGGUAGCUCCGACUAUAGCCAGGACUCGUCCGGCGGUUACGGCAGCAGCGGAUACCAGUCCAGUUAUGGUGAUAAAUCUCAAGGGAGCUUCAGGAGUGGAAUGGACAACUACCCGAGGAGAGAUUCGUCAACUUCGUAUGGUACCAGCGCUUCACAAAGUGGCUUCAAGAAAGAACCUGACAGUGGUUAUGGAAGUACUGCAGUAGGCACUGGAGCUCGUGGCGGUGGACGUGCCGGUGGAAAAGCGUCUCGAUGGUCUGCUGACACUUCGACGACAUCAUACUCUCCGAAGGCUUCCACUGGUGGUAUAGACUCAAGUUAUUCAUCAUAUGGAACAACAGCAGUGAAAACAGAGCCUGUCUCGACAGCCCCUGUUGCCAGAUAUGAUUAUUCUUCGAGCCAGACGCCUGGCUACACAUCCACUUACGGACAGAGCACCCAACCUGCUGCUCCAGCUUACCAGAGUGGUGCAACACAAGCAUAUGGCUACCAACAGGCUGCUGCCCCUGCUCCCGCAACCCAAACCUGGGCUCCCGCCCAGCCGGCAGCAGCGGCGGCGGCUGCCACGACAACAGACCAACCACAGCAACAGCAGUGGGCAGCAUACUACCAGCAACAGGCACAAGCCUCGCAGUACUACAGUCAGUACUAUGGACAGCAGGCGGCGUCCGCCUACGGUUCGACCUAUGCCGCCAAGUAGUCGAAUGACUCUCAGGACGACCGAACAGUCGAGAGACCGACUGCAUUGUUGCAGGACGACUCCAUUUUUAAAUCAUCAUGAGGGUUUUAGUCGGAGGUCGUCGAUCAGGAAAUCGUCCUCCGAGCCCGCUCUCGUCUCUACACAUAGUUUAUCAUUUAUUACCUUACAUUUGUCCCCAUUGUCAUGUACGUUUUUUGGACAAUUAUAAAUAAUUUUUUUAAAUAUGUUGUCUGUUUGGAGAUGCGUCAGUGGACAUGUAUAUGUGUAAGAAUUAUGGAACUGGGAUGGAUUUUUUUUAUAGAAGCAAAUUUGUAAAAAUAUGACCACUGCACUUCAAUAUUUUUUAAACUGUCAUCGAUUUUUUUUUUCUUCUGUUGAUUAGCUUCACGUGUUCAACUAUUCUGUUCAUUGUUAUUUUAUAACGGAUUUGCAACAUUAUCAUUAGAUUUGGUGGGCUUGUGAAUCAUAAUUUGAAUUAAUAAAAUGUAUGAUAAAAUUUCUAUGGAAGUGGACAAAUCAAAUGUAUAUUGAAGAUAUCAUUCAUUUAUUUUAUUUUUUUUUUUUUUUUUUUACUUUUCAGUUUUAAUUUCUGAACUAUAAUGAGCUAGAGCAACAAUUUUUUCAGCUCCUACACUAAUUUUAAUGCUUUUAUAAUUUUGACAUGGUAUAAAGUGGAGAGAGCUCUCCCCUUCUGGCGUUUUAUAUGAAGGGAGUAUAUUUUUGGUAAGGGGAGAAAAAAUAGCAAUAUUAUUAUCAUUUCAGCCUUUUGUGUAUUUUCACAUUGUAAAAAUUGGAGCAAUGAUAACAUCAGUAGUUUUUUACACAAUAGUUUAAAAAAUUGGAACCCACAUUUUCAUGAUUUAAAACUUUUUUUUAAUAUGCUGGCAGCUGGAAUUUCUUGCCGGAUUUAUUUUCAAAGUGUGGAUGUGAGGAUGAGUUGUUUAUUAUUAUUUAUUACUUCUAUUAUUUACCUUUACUUUUUUUUUUCAUAUAUUAUCCCAUGCAGUAAUCAAUGUUGAAAUUCUAGGCCAAAAAAAAAGUGAAAAUAAAAUGAAGUUUUGAUUCCAUAUAGAUCUGCUUUAGCAACACAAGAAAAUUUUGCACGAUUCUAAAAAGGGGGGGGGAAGAAUAACCUGUAAAUGAAUUUUCAGCUGAUUAUUGUUCAACAUUUUAACUUAAUUGCUUUAAUGCUUAAGCUUAAGCUUUCAUUUUUAUAAUUUGGAGCAUAAGUACUUAUUAUGAGAUAAUCUGCUGUAUCAUUCCACUUAUUUUCAUCGGUUUUAGUAAUUUUUACAUAUUACAGGGCUUAACUUAAAAAUAUUGGUGGGUAAAUAAGGAUAUUGUUCUUACAAUACAAUAAAGAUAUGUUUUAUGCAUUUACAAAAUUGCUGUCAUUUCUUGCAUUUAAUUUAGAUUUUUAUUGCUCUCAGGCCUGGUGCCUUGCUGUUGUAAAACUAAAAACUCUAUAUUUUGUAAUGGAUUUUAUUAUCUCAUAAAUUACAUUUUGUUCAUUACCUCUUCAAAAUUAUUUUUUUUAAAUAAGAGGUAGAUCACCUAAAUACUUCCAAGCUCUCGUGUUAACUCUUUGAUGCAUAGGGCA